GGACUCUCUUGCCCAGGACCCCAAUGACCCGAAGGCCACCGCUGCCGAGGGGCUCGGAGCAUCUCGCAGCGCUGAAACCGGACUCCUGCGUUCGCUCCCUGGCUUUGCGAGGGCCUUGGAGCUGGAUGCCGGCACUGGAGGCGGGUGGAUGGGUUUGGGGGCAGGGAGCAAGGAUCCAGGGUCAGGAGCCUUGUGACCUCGGGGUGGUAGGGCCCUGCCACGUGCCUCAGUUUCCCCACCUGUGCCCCUGCCCCCAUUGGUGGGGAGUGACUCAGCGCUGUGGGCAGCAGCGGGGAUUUGAGCGGUUGUUCUUCGUCGGUGAUGCAGACCCCUGACGAGCGGCGUUGUGUCUGUGGCCGGGGGAGGCGCUGAGGAAGAUCAUCACCACACUGGCCGUGAAGAACGAGGAGAUCCAAAACUUCAUCUACGCCCUCAAGCAGAUGCUGCAGAAUGUGGAGGCCAACUCCGUCAAGGUGCAGGAGGACCUGGAGGGCGAGUUCCAGACUCUCUACUCCCUGCUGGAUGAGCUCAAGGAGAACAUGCUCAUGAAGAUCAAGCAGGCCCGGCCCAGCCGCACCUACGAGCUGCAGAACCAGCUGGCCGCCUGCACCAAGGCGCUGGAGAGCUCCGAGGAGCUGCUGGAGACGGCCAACCAGACGCUGCAGGGCGCCGAGAACCACGACUUCCAUCAGGCUGCCAAGCAGAUCAAGGAUAGUGUGACGAUGGCCCCUGCCUUCCGGCUCUCACUCAAGGCCAAGGUGAGCGACAACAUGAGCCACCUUAUGGUGGACUUUGCCCAGGAGCGUUGCAUGCUGCAGGCCCUCAAAUUCCUCCCAGUCCCCAGCGCCCCCGAGAUUGACAUGGCCGAGUCGCUGGUGGCCGACAACUGCGUGACGCUGGUGUGGAAGAUGCCGGAUGAGGACAGCAAGAUCGACCACUAUGUGCUGGAGUAUCGCAAGACCAACUUUGAAGGCCCGCCCCGUGUCAAGGAAGACCAGCCCUGGAUGGUCAUUGAGGGCAUCAAGCAGACUGAGUACACCCUCUCCGGGCUGAAGUUUGACAUGAAGUACAUGAAUUUCCGCGUGAAGGCCUGUAACAAGGCCGUGGCAGGCGAGUUCUCCGAGCCAGUCACCUUAGAAACCCGAGCGUUCAUGUUCCGCCUGGACGCCGGCACCUGCCACCAGAACCUGCGGGUGGAGGAGCUGAGCGUGGAGUGGGAUGCCAUGGGUGGCAAGGUGCAGGACAUCAAGGCACGCGAGAAGGACAGCAAGGGCCGCACCGCAUCGCCUGUCAACUCCCCCGCCAGGUGCGUGCAAUCUCCAAAGAGGAUGCCCUCGGCACGUGGGGGCAGGGACCGUUUCACCGCUGAGUCCUACACCGUGCUGGGUGACACCCUCAUCGAUGGGGCCGACCACUAUUGGGAGGUGAAGUACGACCGGGACAGCAAGGCCUUCGGCGUGGGGGUGGCCUACCGCAGCCUGGGCAAGUUCGACCAGCUGGGCAAGACCUCCGCCUCCUGGUGCCUCCACCUCAACAACUGGCUGCAGGUCAGCUUCACCGCCAAGCACAACAACAAGGCCAAGGUGCUGGAUGUGCCUGUGCCCGACUGCAUCGGCGUCUACUGCAACUUCCACGAAGGCUUCCUGUCCUUCUACAACGCAAAAACCAAGCAGCUGCUCCAUACGUUCAAGGCCAAAUUUACCCAGCCCGUGCUUCCUGCUUUCAUGGUCUGGUGCGGCAGCUUCCACGUGUACUCGGGGCUGCAGGUGCCCAGCUCUGUCAAAAGCCUCCAGAAGCGGAACAGCACCACCAGCAGCUCCAACGCCAGCCUGACCUAGACACCGUGGGACUGGGACCAGCGUCACGGUGGGACUGGGGCAUUGCCUGGGUUCUCCCACUGCCCCCCCAGAACCAGCCUCUGGUGGGAAAGACACUCCAUGACUUCUCCUCUCCCUGUCCCGGGAAGGGGCUGGCGCUGGGGGGGGGCAACACCCCAGCACGGGGGCAGGAGAGGGCUGCGGCACCUAUAGCUCUCUGAAUGUAUCCAGACUGACCCACCAGAGCCUGCCACCCCCCACCUCUGCCACACUUGCCUUUAAGAGCAGGGGACCACGUGAGCCAGCCUUGUGCCAAAGCGGGCCAUCGACCAACCGCCUUGCCGUGACCCGGGAGCGGGAGCCUGGGCCGCUGGAUGCAAUGGGCAGGGCAGUUUUUUUCUGGCAGUCAUACAACCCGACUCUUAAAGGUGACCCCCUGGCACACGGCUGCUCUUAGACCCCUUAGCCUCUCUUGUGACACGAUGCUUUGGCCUUAAUGAUCGCUGUAGGUGUAGGCGCCUUGUUCCCCCUGCGUGGGCCAGGGGAGGGAAUGGUGUCCGUGUGUCGUGCUGCUCCCGGCUGGAAGUGACAUUAAAGUAUCUUUCUCCUCGCUGCCCGUGGCUGGGGCUGCCUCUUCUCUGGUCUUCGCUUGGGGUCUGCUUAUGCCCAGUGAUGGGUUGGGGAGCCCUACACCUGGCCGCUGGACAUCUAACCUCUCCCGUAACUCGGUAGAAAGCCUCUGUUGAAAAGAUCCAAGCCCUCUCCUGCCCAUCAGCACCAUGCCAUGGUGCAGUCGCUUCCCCCUAGAGGCUA